AUGAAUAACACAAUGUCAAUUAAUAAUUUAAAUCAAUUGGAUCCAACAUUUAUGUACACUAAGAUAUUCAAGGAUAUUCUCCUUGAUAUGGAAUAUGAUGAACGGUCCAUUAAACAGUUUAUUACUUAUUGUCGAAAAAAUGAUUGUGGAUCGCGAGUCAAUAUUGAUCUAUUUGAGAAAGAAUACCAUGCUCAAUCAGCUAUUUGGUGGUAUACUUAUCCAUCAUUUAUCCAUUCUAUGGUCAAUUAUGCUCUUUGUUCUAUGGAAGGCGACACCAUUAUUAAUAUGGGCUUUUUUAUCCGUGACCUUCAUCAACAAAUUCAACAACUACACCAACAACAAAUUAACAGUUAUCAUGGUAAACCAUUCACAGUUUACCGAGGGCAAGGUUUUAGGAAAUCAGACUUUGAAAAACUUCAAAAAACAAAAGGUGGACUAAUAUCUUUUAACAAUUUCUUGACCACUAGUACAGAUAAAGAAGUGUCCUUCGGUUUUGCUCAAUGUGCUGUAACAGAACCAGAUAAGGUGGGAAUUCUUUUUCAAAUGUCUAUUGAUCCACAAAUUAAAUCAGUGCCAUUUGCCUCUAUCGAGGAUGUGAAUUAUUUUAAGGAAGGCGAUGAAAUUCUCUUCUCGAUGCAUACGGUUUUUCGAGUAAAUGCCAUUACACAAAUCGACGAUAACGAUCAAAUUUAUCAAGUUGAAUUAGAAUUAACGUCGGAUGACGACCAACAACUACGAUUACUUACUGAUCAGAUACGAGAAGAAGUUCGUGGUAGUACUGGAUGGCAAAGCUUGGGAAAAUUAUUGCUUAAAAUUGGUCAAUUUAAUAAAGCUGAAGAACUCUAUAACGUAUUACUCGAACAGACAUCUGAUGAGGGUGAAAAAGCGCUUUAUUAUAAUCAGCUAGGAUCUGUCCAUUACAAUCAAGGCGAUUAUGAAAAGGCUAUUUGGUAUUACAAACAAGGACUUGAGAUUCGACAAAAGACUCUUCUUUUAAAUCAUCCGGAUUUAGCUACUUCUUACAACAACAUCGGUGUAGUGUACAACAACUUCGGAGAGUACUCAAAAGCGCUUUCGUAUUAUGAAAAAGCACUCAAAAUUCAAGAAGACACUCUUUCUUCAAACCAUCCUGAUGUGGCUGCUUCCUUCAACAAUAUCGGUGGAGUGUAUCAUAAGAUGGGAGAGUACUCAAAAGCGCUUUCGUUUUAUGAAAGAGCACUCAAAAUUCGACAAAAAAGUCUUCCUUCAAAUCAUCUUGAUUUAGCUAUUUCUUACAACAAUAUCGGUGGAGUAUGUCACAACAUGACAGAGUACUCGAAAGCACUUUCGUUGUAUGAAAAAGCACUAGAAAUUCAACAAAAAACUCUACCUUCAAAUCAUCCUGAUUUAUCUACUUCCUACAGCAACAUUGGUGCAGUGUACACCAACAUGGGAGAGUACUCGAAAGCACUUUCUCAUUAUGAAAAAGCACUAGAAAUUCGACAAAAGACUCUUUCUUCAUAUCAUCUUGAUUUAGCUAUUUCUUACAACAAUAUCGGUGGAGUAUGUCACAACAUGACAGAGUACUCAAAAACGCUUUCGUAUUAUGAAAAAGCACUCGAAAUCCGACAAAGGACUCUUCCUUCAAAACAUCCUGAUCUAGCUACGUCCUACAACAAUAUCGGUGUAGUGUACAACAACUUCGGAGAGUAUUCGAAAGCACUUUCAUUUCAUGAAAAAGCACUUAAAAUUCAAGAAGACACUCUUUCUUCAAAUCAUCCUGAUAUGGCUGCUUCCUACAACAAUAUCGGUGGAGUGUAUCAUAAGAUGGGAGAGUACUCGAAAGCACUUUCGUUCUAUGAAAAAGCACUCGAAAUUCGAGAAAAGACUCUUUCUUCAAAUCAUCUUGAUUUAGCUAUUUCCUACAACAAUCUUGGGACAGUAUAUCACAACUUCAAAGAGUAUCCAAAAGCACUUUCAUUCUAUGAAAAAGGACUGGAAAUUCAGCAAAAAGCUCUUCCUUCAGGUCAUCCUGAUGUAGCAACUUCGUACAACAAUAUCGGUGCGGUGUACAGCAAUAUGAGAGAAUACUCGAAAGCACUUUGGUUUUAUGAACAAGCACUUGAAAUUCAAGAAAAGACUCUUCCUUCAAAUCAUGCUGAUUUAGCUACUUCCUUCAACAACGUCGGUGGAGUGUAUCACAACAUGGCAGAAUACUCGAAAGCACUUUUGUAUUAUGAACGUGCUCUGAAAAUAUGGCGACUUGUAUUAUCUCCAUCUCAUCCGCAUAUUAAAAAUUUGAAAGAGAAUUUUGAACUUGUAAGAAAAAAAAUUAUAAAACAUGUUUCAUAA